AGAAAAAAGAAAAAAAGAAAAGAAAAAGGAAAACAGAGGAGGAGUCAACAAUGGCCUAAAAUUAUAUAACUUGGCCAAGAGAAUUCCUAGCCUCAAAAUUUUGUUAUUCUCCACAAUUUUCUCUUCCUUCAAAAGCCUGCCUUUCAUGUUUUCCCCAUAAUCAAGGAUCUCCCUCUUCUCUCCUAUACUCCCAUUUCUCCCUUUUCUUUUCUUCUCUUUCUCUUUUCACAAGGGCUCCCUGUCUCUAAUUGGAGGACACCAUGGCAAAUUCGGCAUCUGGAAUGGCGGUGAAUGAUGAGUGUAAGCUCAAGUUCUUGGAGCUAAAAGCAAAGAGGAACCACAGGUUCAUUGUAUUCAAGAUUGAGGAGAAGAUUCAGCAGGUGGUGGUUGAGAAGCUUGGAAGCCCAGACGAAAGCUAUGAUGCUUUCACCUCCUCUCUCCCUGCUAAUGAAUGUCGCUAUGCUGUCUUUGAUUUUGAUUUUACCACUGAUGAGAACUGCCAGAAAAGCAAGAUUUUCUUCAUUGCAUGGGCACCGGAUACAUCGAGGGUGAGAAGUAAGAUGCUGUAUGCGAGCUCCAAGGAUAGAUUCAAGAGGGAAUUGGAUGGAAUUCAAGUCGAGUUGCAAGCAACGGAUCCAAGUGAAAUGAGCCUUGACAUUGUAAAAUCACGGGCACUGUAAACACUCAUCUUGCUCCUCUUCUCCUGCAUCCAUCUCUGCUGCCUCUCCCCAGUACCGUUACGUUUUGUGAGCAUUAUUUACAUAUAUAUCUUUUUGUUUUCUGGUUCAUGGGUUUAUACUAAACCAUGCAGUGUAAUGUAAUACUAUGAAUGCUUCUGCCUUUUUAGUACUCUUCUUGUUUUGUGACAAACUAUAUAUUUUUUAGCACAUACCUAAUAUCAUGUUUUCACAUAUAUAUGAGUUAUGCAAUUACGUACAUGUAAGUCCUAGAUUAUUUAGUGCGAUGGAUGCAUUU